AACUGGAAUAUAGUUGCCUACUACAUAUUCCAAAGGAUUUAACAAAGUCAAAGUAAUGGAUAACAGAAAAGAUCCUCCAUUCUUCAAUGAAGAUAAUGUGGGACCAUUUUACUACAAACUUCUUUUCUAUACCAUGGAGCUCUUCAUUGAAACAUUGACUGGGACAUGUUUUGAACUGAGAGUUUCACCAUUGGAAGCUGUUAUUUCUGUGAAAGCAAAAAUUCAAAGAUUGGAAGGUAUUCCCAUCUGUCAGCAGCACUUAAUUUGGAAUAACGUGGAACUUGAAGAUGAUUAUUGCUUGAAUGAUUACAACAUUUCAGAAGGCUGUACCUUGAAGCUGGUACUGGCUAUGCGUGGUGGACCUAUAAAUACUAGAAGAGUUCCUAUGGAAGACCCACUUAGGGAGAUGGCUGAGUACAUGGAUUCCAGUCAAGACGAGGUCUGGGAGAAGACCUCCUACAACAAACAAGUUACAUUUUUGGUAUACCGAGAAGGAGAGCAAUUGAAUUUCUUUCGUGUAGUAGAUAGGGGAGAUGGCACUUUAACACCAUUAUCUGAAUCUUUAGGUAAAUAAAUAGGUUUUCAUUUGCAUGUCUCACUUAGGAAAGGAUAACAUCAUUGCAGUGGUGGGUCAGUGUAUAAUUUGUACACUGAUGAGGAUGAAGAGAUUGAGCCUUCUCCUUCUGGGCAACAGAUAAUUGAAAAUUCAAUCACUAUGAAUAAGAUGAAGCUGCUGAAGGCUAAGAUGGAGAACAUGAAUCUCAGCAAAAAGCCUAAGAAAGCUGUCAAGGUAAAACCUCGCCCACCUGUAGCUCCUCGAUCUUCCAGCAGUUCCACGGCAGCUACUCGGCACAGAUUGCUGCGAGUUCUCCCCCACAUCGGGCAGUCUUGUUUACCGUCUCCUGGGAAUGCCUGUCCGCCUGAAACAUCCAGCAAUGCAAUUGCAAGUUUGACAGCCCUGCCCGCUGCUGAUAGACCCAUAUCAUCUAUAGCUGGUGAUUUCCUUAAGGAAGAUACUAACUGGGAGAGUAACACACUGCCUCAUUCCAGUGGUAGCACCAAACUGUCACCUCAGAUAACCCCUGUGGAGUUGGAAAAUGACAAAGAGUUUGCUGAUUCUAUGCUCCAUCUUGGACCAUCCCUGCCUAGGCGGACAAAGCACUUUUCAGGAAAUUUGUCACCUAAUAAUGAGGAUGACACUGUUUUAUUUCCAGCUCCUGAAGAGUGUGUAACUGAAAAAUCCCUUCUACCUGAAGUGGGUUCAUUUCCUUUGUUUUCAGAAGGAAAUAUUGAUGAGCAGAGCAGUGGCUUAGAAGGCACACGGAAGGUAAAUCCUGACAAAGGGUUGAAAGCUACAGAGCAGCAUCUUAAACAUGUUGCAAGAAUGUUGAGUGCUGAAUCAGUAGAGACUACAGUUCUCAACAACCGUGAAUUAAGUCCUCACAAGAACAGACUCUUGUCACCUCUUCACUGUUCUACACCAAUGUCACUCCAUCAUUCUCUGGUGAAGCCACAGAGACAGUCGAAAUGUUUUGAGUCUCGGCCUCUCCAGUCUUCUGCUUCACAAAAUGUGCUCCGGUCAUUGGAUGUUCGAAAUAUGGCUGACUCUUCUUUCUCUAGGACUACUCGCUUUCGAGCUGUUAAAGUUGAUUCACCUGGGAAAAGAUCUGAUAUUAUUUCUAAAGUUGAGGCUCGGGAUAUCACAGAAAUGGCUAACAAGGCUUCCAAAGAGCCUGUCGGUAGUGUAAAUAAUAUAGGUUUUCUUGCUUCGCUGGCCCGGAGCGCAAGCAGAGACGGGUUACAGAGCUCGCGUGGGGUAGGUAGGCUUCGGACCUCUGGAAUUGGGCUGUCUACAAACCUCCAGCAUUUUCAGGAAGAAUGCAUUAGGAAAAGCUCUCCCCAGUUAGAAUCUACAGAUUUUUAUCUAUCUGCCCGUGGUAUUGGAAUGAAUGGAAAUAAUGCAGCAGCAGGUAAAAGAGUAGGAGAAUGUACUCAUCUCCUCCCACCUGUGCAAGCCCCUAUUCAAACAAAGAAGAAAACAGCAAAGCAUUGUUUUCUUUGUGGGAAGAAAACUGGACUGGCUACUAGCUACGAAUGCAGAUGUGGAAACAACUUCUGUGCAUCUCAUCGCUAUGCAGAAACUCAUGGCUGCACCUAUGAUUACAAGAGUGCAGGGAGGAGAUACUUACAGGAGGCAAAUCCUGUGGUUAAUGCACCAAAACUUCCAAAAAUCUAACUCUUGCUCUGCACCUAACUGUUCUGCCCGAGGAAUCGUAUUACAAUGACAGCCAGAAGAAAUAUUGUUAGACUGCAUUAAUUUUGUUCCACACCAAAAGAUUUACCAAAUAACAAAAGCAUACAAUGCACACUGUUGGAGAAUGAGAAUGCUACUGUAUUUGACAUCUCUAUUUUUUGGUGAAUCAAAAGUUUUAAAAGUAGUUUUAAAAACUUUAAACUAAAUGAGUUAGCUUUGUUGUUGCAUGUCUUAUGUUAAGUAUCUAUAUAUUUGAUAUUGCAAUUUUACUAGACAAGUCUUCAAAAGACGCACUUUAGGAAGUGACCAUUGACUGCAUAACUGUCUUCCACAUUGUACAGAAAUGACCUGUCGUAUAAUGGCACUAUUCAA